UGGUUACGGUUGCUGUUUGUUUUUCUGAGUUCAUGUUGACAAUUUAAUUUGAUUUUCUUUCGUUUUAAUUGUUUAAUUAUUGGUUUUGUUUUGUUUGUUUCUUCAUUUUUACAGAAAUGUCUCUUUUGAUGGGAAAGGUGUGCGAAGCUGUGGGCAAGAAUAUUGUUCGUGUUGCUAUUCCUCAAUUGAAGUUCGAUUCAUUUCUUGUUACUCAUUUCAGAGAUUCAAGUGAAUUACAUGCGUUGGAUAAAAAAGGAGAGUCAAAGGUUGGCGAUUGGGUGAUUGUCUCUAAAUUACCAGAGAGGAUCAGUUUAAAGGUCGAACAUUCUGUUGAACAAGUGGUCUAUAAGUGUGGGCACAUAAUCGAUCCAUUAACGGGCAAACGAUGUUUCCAAUACCAUUACGAUGAAAGUGGUUCAAAAGAAAAUCAAAAUUCUAGUCCAAAUGAAAAACUGUAGAGGGAACGAUUUAAACUUAUUGAUUAAAAUCAUUGGAAUCGUUUGAA